CGAGAGUCAGUGUGCGUGUGAAACUGUAAACUGCGUUUUAGUGUUGAUCCUCAUUUUAUUUUUUUUUCUGAUUACUGACAAAUUCUCGAAACUUCUUUUUCCAAGCAUUUUUUUGAUUGUGAGUCAAUUUACAUGCUGCCAAUCCACCAAUGAAGUUGACUAUCGGAUCCGUGACCAGCAGCCCGUAAACUUUUAGAAAAAAAUCAGAGGAUCACGCGUUCAAUAAUAAAGUACCUGAAUGAUAAUUUUCUUCCAAGAAAGUGGCCACUAACUCACACAAUGGAAAAUUCCUCAAAGAUACCUUUGACACUGACGAGGGAUACUGGAAGACUUAGUUUGGGUCAGCGAAUUUUUUAUGAAAAGAAUGGAUUUAUAUUAAUACCGCAUCUUGUGCCAUUGGACGUGCUUGAAAGAUGUAAUCAGAGAUUUGAAGAUAUAUCUUCCGGAAAAGUACCAAAAGGAGCAAUGACUGUCAUGAGGGACAUAAAUGACCGAAAAUCUGUUAACAAGCUACAAGAUUUCAAUACUGACGAAGUCUUAUUCGAGUACGUCUCUCACAAGGAUGUAGUAGAUGUGGUCGAGUCAUUCACUGGACCAAACAUUAUGGCAAUGCACACAAUGUUGAUUGCUAAGCCCCCUGAUAUUGGUUACGGAUCCUCAAAACAUCCACCACAUCAAGAUUUGUACUACUUCCCUUUCCGACCAGCGGAUAAAAUUGUAGCUUCCUGGACUGCGAUGGAACCUUGUGAUGUUAAAAAUGGUUGUCUUUACGUUCUACCUGGAUCACACAAAAAAUUUUCUCUACUUCCGCACGAAUAUCCAUCUGAAUCUGUUAACAAGAUGUACCACGGAAUUCAGAAACUGGAAGACGCCAAAGGAUGGAUAAAUCUGGAAAUGCAACCCGGAGACACAGUUUUUUUUCAUCCAUUGCUCAUUCACGGAUCAGGGAUAAAUCAAUCAAAAAGGACGAGAAAAGCUAUUUCUGCUCAUUACGCCUCUGCUGAUUGUACCUAUAUCGAGGUGGAAGGAACAGUCCAGGAGAAAAUCAAGGACGAAGUUAUGGAAGUAGUAAAACGCAGACUACCAGGCGUAACUAACGUAAAAUUUGAUGACAUUUGGCGCUUCAAAUCGGCCCUGGUGCGCGGAAUUCGAUCCUCCCUUUGAACAAAUUCAAAACACUUUUUAAAUUGUAAACUUUAUAUUUUAUAUUUCAUAUAUCCUUGAAAGGCAGUUUAUUGUGUAAAACGGAACAUAGUAAAUAUACGAAUACAAAUAAAUAUA